UUUCUGGUGCACAAUGAAUACAAAGCUCUUCUUGGCGACGUUGUUGGGAUUGCUGGCUUAUUCCCAGGCUAGGAUAACACUGGCAAAAUGGGAAGCAUUCAAGCAGGAAUUCAAUAAGAGCUACGAUAAUAAGUUCGAAGAACGUUUUCGCAUGCAAGUCUUCGAGGAUAACAAACGAAUUAUCGACACCCAUAACGAACGCUUUGCAACCGGCGAGGAAACAUACGAAAUGGGCUUCAACGAGUAUACGGAUUUACUGGACAAGGAGUUUGAUUGCAUGUUUGAUGGUCCAGAGAUUGAAGACUUUGAAUUCACCCAUAAGGAUGACGACGAGCUGAAGGGUUACAACGAUGAGGUUGACUGGAGGAUUUUGGGAGCUAUCACGCCUGUGAAGCAAGAGGGACACUUUAACAACUCGUGGGCUUUUGCCACAGCCGGUGUUGUGGAAAGCAGAAAAUUUAUAUCCACUGGCGUAUUGUUGGAGUUAUCCAAACAGCAAUUGAUCGAUUGCUCAAGUAACAAGCACGAUAGCAUAUGGAGAGCUCUCAAGUACAUCAAGAGCAAGAAGGGCAUCGAAGCGGAGAGAGCUUAUCCAUAUCGUGGUGUUAAAGGUCAUUGCAAAUUCAAUAAAAGGUUAAUCAGCGCCUCCAUUCGAAAAUACCACCAUAGUUCCACCGGUAAUGAGCGAACCUUGGCUAAACAGGUGGCCAAAGGACCCGUUGCUGCCAUGAUCUCUCGAGAUGCCAUAAGGUUCUAUAGGAGCGGCGUGUUCCACAAUCCGAAUUGCAGAAAGUCGCCAGAAUAUGCUGUUCUCAUUGUGGGCUAUGGAAAUUCAAAAAGUUUCGGAGAGUACUGGCUACUGAAAACAUCUUUGGGCACAUCCUGGGGAGAGAAGGGUUAUCUGAAGCUGGCUCGCAAUAAGAAUAAUCUCUGUGGCAUUGCAAGCAGGGCUUAUUUUCCAGACAUUUAG